UUUUGAAUUGAAAGAAAAAGCAUCAAGGUACAUGAGGUGGACCUCCUCUCCACACUCAUUUGAUCAAAGAGACAAAAACACUCCUCACCCACUCUCUCCCUCAUUUCCUGCGGCCAGAACCCUCCAAGCAAGAGCAAAGAGUUCUCCAUCUUCCUUUCUCCAUUGUUGAAGAGAGCUCAACAAGAAAGAAUCCCAAGAAAAGAAACUAAAAGUGUUAAAAGUGUGAAAAUUAAGGAACUUGAUUAAAGUAUUUUUGAGCUUCGCCGGAGUUUCGCCGGAGUUGGUCAAAGUUGGCCGGAGUUGGUCAAAGUUUGCUAAAGUUCAAUCGGGAGACGUAGAUCGCACUUAAGCUCACUUAAGUUUCAGGUAGAACUUGAAGGUUGCUACCACCGCCCGUUGCUUCGGGAAGAUCAAAGGAGGGAGACGUGGUUCGUGCUUCUUCCGUUCCUGUUUUGAAAACAUUUUAAAUAAUGCUCAUGGAUAAUAUUUUUAAAUAUUUAUUUGGGGGCUUGUAUGCCCAUGUUUGCCAAGGUGUGGCAUGAAUACUCGUAUUGAAUGUUUCCGCUGCUAUGAAAGAAUAUUUUACAUUAUGUUUGUUUAUGGACGUACUAUGUGUGAAAGAUAUUCCAGACGCCUUGUAUAGUAUGGAUGUGUUGGACUGCGGUUGACUAUUCGUACUGUACGGCGGAUUGUUGGCGUGUCCGGUUAGGUCCGGGGCGUGACAAUUUAAUUGGUAUCAGAGCCUUAGUCCGUAAACUUCAUAAUGAAGCUUCAAAAUCUCUUUUCGAAAAUGAAUUUGAAAACCAUGAGCAUAAAAGUUUUGUACUUGUAGAACUUUUGGUACUUGAGUUGCAAAGUCUCUAAUUGUUAAGAUGGUACCCUUAACAAUUGGUAUGGCGGUGAUUUGAGCCAAAGGAUGUCUUUAAGUACCUAUCCGUCAUUUGACAUUGAUACGAGUGUAAUGACUCACUCUAAUUCCUUUCAGAAAUGGAGCCAGUCGGAAGGAUCACUAGGAGGAACCCGACGGGCCGUGUACCGGGUGGGUCCGAACGUGGUAGCCGGGGGUCCUCUAGGGGAUCAAGAGGAAGGGGCCGUGGAGGCCAACGUCAAACCGUGAGCGAUGGCCACGUCGACACGGAGAGUGAGACCUAUUGGUCUUAUGAGGACUCAACCUACCGGCCGGAAACUGAGCCGGUUGAGACCCCUUAUGAGAGGGAUGAUGAUGAUGUGAGCGACGAGGAGGAAAGUGGCUCCUUGGCUCGGAUCGAAGCGCUGAUCCAACAAUAUCAUCGGGAGCGCGAGGAAAGGAGGGAACGCCGAAGGCGCCGUGCGGGGCAACCUUCGGGUGGGGCUCCAAGAGGAAGGAGCUAUUGUGAUUCAAGAACCCAUGUGGAAGCGCAUGGGAGUCGAGGUGAUGGAGGUCCAACCAUAAGGAUCUCCAAAUACAUCAAAGAGGCGAGGGACUUGGGGUGCAAACCGUUCGAUGGGACGGGGGACAUCUCGGUGGCCGCGCAAUGGAUCAAGAGGCUGAACGAGGCAGCCCUUGACAUGCAACUCACCCCCGAUUUCAAACUGAGAAUCGCGGUGAGGUUACUUGAAGGGUUGGCAUCCAAGUGGUGGGAUGGAACCAAGGGCAAGUAUGGAGGGAAUGUUACUUGGGAGGAUUUUCGGCAAGAAUUCUUUGCCCAAUACUACUCUGACUUUGAGGUAAAUGCCAAGGUGAGAGAAUACACUCUUCUAACCCAAGGGGGUAACAUGACGGUGAAAGAACUUGAGCACAAGUUCAGGGACCUUGCCGACCACAUACCGGAGUAUGCUUGUGAUGAAAACCGAAUGGUGAAUCACUUUUGGGAGGCCUUGGACUUGGAGAUACGUGAUAGGGCGACUCAAUUGCCCAACAUGACUUUCAGCCAAGUGGUUGCCCAAGGGUUGAAAGGAGAGAAGCAAUGGGAAGAGAGAAAGAAGAGAGACGCCGAUGAGGCGAAGAAGAGGAAGUGGGAGAAUCAUGGCCCCCAAGGUUCUAACAAAAAGGGGAACCACGGGGGAGGUGGAUCGUUCAGAGCACCGGCACCGCCAUCCAAGGGGAAACCGGCCUUCAGCGGGCACAACUCGGGCUCACAAGCCUCAACGACGCCCAGGUGCAGGAAUUGCAACAGGAGCCACGCCGGUAAGUGUCGUGAUCCACCACGGUGCUUCCAAUGCGGGAGUACAGGGCAUAUUAAACCAAAUUGCCCUAAACUUGGUGGGAACCGAGGGGCGGGAUCAAGCGGCGCCACCACGACGAGUAGGAGCCGAACCGGGGCACCCCAUGCUAGUGCGGGGCAAGGGGGAGCGAGCACGAGCAACGCACCGUCCGUAAAUCAAGGGAGGACUCAAGCUAGAGUCUAUGCGAUGACCAAGGCUGACGCUCGGGCUGAUCCCGACUCCGUUGCAGUUUCAGGUAGAACUUGAAGGUUGCUACCACCGCCCGUUGCUUCGGGAAGAUCAAAGGAGGGAGACGUGGUUCGUGCUUCUUCCGUUCCUGUUUUGAAAACAUUUUAAAUAAUGCUCAUGGAUAAUAUUUUUAAAUAUUUAUUUGGGGGCUUGUAUGCCCAUGUUUGCCAAGGUGUGGCAUGAAUACUCGUAUUGAAUGUUUCCGCUGCUAUGAAAGAA